AUGUCCUCUUCCGCCUCCACAUCCACCGCCCUUCUCCCUUCCUUCCUCACCAUGCCCUGGCCGCUCUCUCUCUUUUCCAUAGCCGAUUCCGCCUCUGCGGGAGCAUCGAAGCACUCCCCAGUGCUGCCGGACGCUAAAACGCCAUCCUCAUCCUCGCCAAUCGAUCUUUUGCCCCAUUUUGAGAAUCCCGGUGUCCCACUUCCGCCUUCCGCCCGUGUCGGGGACCCGAAGCUCAAGCAGCGUGAGAGCCAGCCGUUUACCCCUUGGCAAAUAUGGAAGUAUGGCUCAUUUGCCGCCAUGAAAGCCACAGGGAUAGUCGCCGAUGUCCUCUCGCACAAUAUCUGGGGACCAAGGAAGCCGUCUUGGGGUAUCGAAAUGACCCUUCUCUGCAGCAUGAUGCGAGACGUUGCUCGGCAUUCACAUCUGGCCGACGUCUUCACCAUUCGAAUGCUCAUGAAUAUCGGAGGGUAUGUGCCCGUCCCGUCGGACGCCCUUGUCACCCCGGUGACCUUCAGGGUGCGCAAACGUCGACUGCGCGGUAUCCUCAAAGAGUUCGAUGCCGUAGAAGACGGCACUCGCGAACUUUCUGGGGAGUGGGUCGUCGGCAAGCGGACGUGGCACAGACAGCAACAAGCGUGGAGGGCUGAGCAUGCAAGCCCCACGAUCGAGAAGCCGUCGGAUUUUCACGAGCAUCAAAAGGAGAGAGUGGUGCUGUAUUUGCACGGCGGAGCGUAUUACAUGUUGAGUUCUGCGACGCACAGGCUGAUCACGAUUCCCCUGGCGAAACAUCUCGACGCGCGUCUCUUUGCGCUCGAUUAUAGGCUCGCGCCAGAGACCCGUUUUCCAGGACCUUUACACGAUGCGGUCUCGGCCUACUUCAGGUUUAUGGACGAUCUACGGAUCCCUCCAGAAAAUAUAAUCAUCGCAGGUGACAGCGCAGGCGGUGGUCUGGCGUUGGCGAUGUUAAUGUACCUGCGCGACAACGACUACCCUCUGCCAUCCAGUGCGAUCUUGUUCUCACCUUGGGUCGAUCUGACGUUGAGCUGCGAUUCGUGGGACAGCAAUGCGCCAUUCGACUAUGUGCCUAUGCCGCAGCCUGGGGACCACAUGAACCCCAUCGCGUGCUAUCUCGGAGAGCAUAUGGAGAAGUACCUUACGCAUCCGUAUGCGAGCCCGUUGUUUGGGGAGUUCAGAGGCCUGCCACCGAUGCUCAUCCAAGCCGGCGACGCGGAGGUCUUGCGGGACGAAAUCACGUUGUUAGCCCACAAGGCGAGUCUUGCUGGGGUUGAGAUUCGACACGAGCUGUACGAAGAUGCUGUGCAUGUUUUCCAAACGCUCCCGUUUCUGGACGCCUCGCGGCGCGCAUUCUCGUCCUGUCGGGAUUUCAUUCGGAGCUUCCUUCCUCGAUGGCAGACACGCUCUCCGCAAGACCUGGAGGGCUCCGCCGAAUUCGGACUGGCGCGGGAGAUCGACAACGACGAGACGCGCGUGGUCCGAGGCGACGGCACGGAAACUGGCACCGGUUUGGACAGCUCCACGGAAGGGCGCGGACUCUCUGAGAAGCGAGCGAAACGCGACCUCACGCCGCCGAGCCGGGAAGAGGAUGCGAGCUGGGCGGUGCAGUGGCUCACACCGCCCACGCCACCCACGACGCCGGACAACGAUAAAGAAAAGGUGGUUCCGAUCAAGACCGAAGGGCAGAAGGCCGCGGUGUACACGCUGCACGAAGCGCGGAGCCCUGCAUUGGAGAAUGCGUCUCUGCGCCGCCUGCAGUCGACGGUGUCGAUGAUCGCAGAUGCGUCUUUCCGGUCCGCUUCAGACCUCUUGCGGCGGUCGCCCUCGUACCCUGAUCUCGGAGAUGCACGCGGGUCUCAGCAGAAGCACUCGCCGACGAGCCGGUACCUCGUCUCGUCUAUGAGUAUAUCGUCGGCGAACGCGCCCGCGCCUAAGACAUCGAUUCGUCGCUCCGAGUUUAGUCACCCGGAUAUUAGCUCGCUGUGCAUGCAGUACGCCAGCUCGGGUCCCGCACACCAGACACUGACAUUCAAGCCCGACCCGGCCCCGAAGCGCGGACGCUCUAAGACUGUUUCUUCCUCAUCCAGCAAAGACAUGUUGUAG